GUUUGACAUGGCAGGGACGUUGAGGCUCUCUCGAUCUUCAUCGAUCGCUCUGUUUAGUUUUAAGGGAGCACGUCUAAAUAAGAGCGUCUGGAAUAAGAUACCGAAGCACUGGAUUUUCGUUUCUGCGCUAUGUAGAAGCGCACCAAAUGGGAAAAUAUGAGUGACCAAGAUUGGGUGGUUGGUUUUAGUUUUGCAACUGAUUGGCUUGGCCAGUCACACAAGUUUUCCGUACCAAUCAAAUAGGGAAGUAAAACAAAUCCAUUGCAAUCCUGUAUUACAUUUGAUACUCAAUUGAAAAUUGCUAUAUCCUCAGUCCAAGUUUUACUUCACUGUAUGUUUGGGGCAUAAGGGAAAUGUACAAUAAACUUAUUUGAAAAAAGCAAAGUACAGCUGCACCUCAAUUAUCUGGACCUCAAAUAUUUAGUUUUUUUGAUUAUCCAGACUCACUUGUCUGGUCCCAUUUUUUCAUGCAUAUUUAUUAGUCACAUGUGAUAUCUGUAAAAAUUCUUCCCCAUCAAACAAAGCAAAGGUACUGAGACAAUGUCAACACUAUUUAAUUAAUCCAGUUGAAAAGAAUGAUACAAUUAGUGGCAUGAACAGACUGUAGCAGCUUGAAACAAACUACUUUGCAUUUUAGGUUGCAAGAUGUUGUUAUCAUAAUACUUCUUUUAAUAGGAAAAUUUUAGCAAUGGUGCACAAUGAUUUAAGAAUGUGCUUUAAUUCUAGAAUAAAAUUAAUUGAAUGUUAUGAGGACAGUUUUAACUUUUGGCUCAUGAAUUUAUAUAUUUGUUAUUAACAGGAUUAUUCAGCCCAGUUCCCACAAGUCCAAAUAAUUGAGCUUUAACAGUAAAAGGUUAAGAUGCUGAACAAAGUGGAUAUAUUUUCUGGUCACCCAAAUGUUUUUUUCAACAGAUAAGGUUUCUGUGGGUUUUAAAAGUGGUUUUCCCGUCAUUUUACUUCCUUUACCAUCAAGGAGGGAACAGUGUGAAUUUGUUCUACGCCCACUGACGCACACAGUUAAAGACUUCUUGGAAAACAUACAAAAAGAAGACAAGGGAAUUGAAAGAGCUACAGUUUACAAUGUAGAUGGCUCUAGAAUUUCUGGAAGCACAGGAGUUGAUGUGUUACUGCAGUCUGAUUUUAAAGUGGUUUUGAAUGACAACUCAUAUUUUGUAUCAGUACCAGAUGAGACCAAACCUCCAAUUGAUGACUUUAAAACAGUUGCACAUGUUAAAACCUUGGUCCACCAGUUGUACAGUGCUAUGAACAUAGAGCAACAUCAGCUGGAAAAAGAACGUUAUUUGAUGGCAGAGCUGGAAAAACUUCAACUAGAACUAAAGCCAAUGGAAGACAUCAAAGCCGAAAUCGACCGCAAGUCAGCUCAACGAACCAAUAUUGUAGUGUGGGGUGGGCUGGGGUACAUGGCAUUCCAGUUUGGUCUGUUAGCAAGAUUGACUUGGUGGGAGUACUCUUGGGAUAUCAUGGAACCUGUAACUUAUUUUGUGGGAUAUGGAACUGCCAUGGCUUGCUACGCUUACUUUGUGUUGACAAGACAGGAAUUCCUUUACCCCGACGCCAGAGAUAGGCAGUUUUUACUGUUUUUCCACAAGCUUUCAAAGAGGAAAGUAUUUGAUAUUAGGCGAUACAACGAAAUUAAAGAUGCUAUACUAAAAAUUGAAGCAGAUUUACAAGUUCUGCGCAGUCCAUUGUUCUUACAUUUGCCUGAAAAUGCUCGGAUGGAGCUGUUGGAGAAAAUUUCUCAGAAGGAGGAUGAAAAAUAACUUUGAGAUAGAAAUAUUCCGUUUAAACCCGAAGUGAGGUGUACUUUUUUUUUGUAAUCUUCCAUGGACUGUGGCGAAAUAAUUAUAAUAAAAAUAAUUCUUAAUUUGAGUGUCAA